ACAAGCUUUGAUAAGAGCCUUCCUUCAUUUUAUUUGUGUGUUUGGAACUUUUAUUGAAACCAAUCUUUUAUUUUUAUAAGUACCAUUGUCGAUUGCCAGGUGUGUAGUAAAAUUAAUUCGAGGUAUUAAUACGUUUUGAAAAUGCAUUUCAGUAGCUGAUAUUAUAGUGACAGAAUUAUUUACGGUUGACAAAUUUUUAUAAGUUCUAGAUGAACAGUAAGUACUAAUUCCUCACUUGAAAUUGAAGAGCUUAAUAGAAGAAAAAAGCUUUGAUCAAUUGAGAUGAAUGAAAGAAAGAGGAAGAAACUGACCACUUCUGCGAAAGAAAGAAAACUGCACAUUUCUAUAACAGUUGAGUGGUUGAAAGAAAAUUGUUCUCCAUGCCCUGAUGUGUGUCUUCCAAGAGAGAUUUUGUACGCGCAGUAUACAGAUUUCUGCAAGAAUCAAAAUACGCGACCCACAUGCAAAGCUACAUUUGGAAAAUUGGUCCGUAAUACUUUUCCAGAGGUCACAUCCAAGCGUCUCGGUGCACGUGGACAAUCCAAAUACCACUAUAGUGGAAUUGGAAUAAAAUCAGAUGGCGUUUUUACAACUAUGUGCAGUACUGAAGGGGUGACGAGAUUUUCCAGAACAAGCAACGAAAGAAAGGGAACCAAAGUCAUAAAUUCGAAAAUCGGAACUUUGCUGCCUAUGUUUCCUGAUGUUGAGGAUUUGUAUGUUCCGUCAAACAUGAACCAAAGAAAGCUCAAAGUUUUCCUCAAUAUGUACAGAAUACAUUGUCAAUGCAUUGUGGACGUGACAAUAGGAGAACACUUUGAGGAGAUCCGUUUGUUUCUACUUCAUUUUUGGCAAGGUUUUCCGAAUCACCUACUGUCUAUAUUCGAAUAUGAAUUGACCACUGAUGUUUUGAUUGCUUGUGAUUCGAUAUUGCAUCGGACGCUGAUUGAUAUUCUUAUUCCGUCUGAAAUCAUUGAAAUUCCUGAAAAGUUACUGCGAGAUAUUCAAAAUGUGGCUUCUCAUUGGCAGAUAUGGCUGACAUGCGCACUUGAAAACAUGCCUAUCUCUUUGAAAUCUAUCAAAAUGGAAACAGCCAAAAGAUUCUGCGCCGCUUUAAAACGGCAUGUAGCUCUUCUUCAUUUCUCACAAGUUGCCAGACCAAUUUUAAGCCAGAUACCUCUGAAAUCACUUUACAAUGAGAUUUUAAAUCUGGAAGCAUACGAAAAAAACCAUUUCAUAAAAACAGCGCCAAAGUGUAAUGACUCGCCAAAUAAAGUUGAAUGUGACGUCAUGAAUCUCUUAGAAAAGGUCAUCGAUAUCGAACAAUUAAUGGAAUGUUUGGAUGUCGUUAUCUUAAACAACAUAUACCAGGAAAAUGUCGGAGCAGAGAGUGAUAAAGAAGAGGAGUUCCUACUUUUGUGGGUGUACACGCUAAACAGACUAUCUCACCUUCUUUCGGAAAAUCAAUCAGAUCACUUCAUAACUUUGCACUUUUGGGUGACAUUUAUUCAAGAAUAUUUGAUGUUGGCUGUAGAAACCAGAAGAAUGAAUGAGAAACAGAAUUUGAUUUUCUCGAAUCUUAACAAGCACAUCAAAACCAAAGAAAAGUAUGGUUUCAACAGCUUCAAAUCUGCAACAUCCUGUUUUAUGAUCGACUCAAAAAGGUGCUUUGAGAGGGAAAUAAAACAUUCGAAGUCAAGCUUGAUCAAUAACACUUCUAAGAAGAUAAUAGCGGACAGAAAGCAUCAGAACAUUGAAUAUAGCCAAAUCGGCAAGCAGCAAACAAAGCCAUGCUGGGAUUUCAAUGGCUAUGUUCCCCUUGAAACAAGCGACAGAGAACUGUUACAUUGGAAUGAAACUAAUUACAGUAUUCCUCUUUCAAUUACACCAGAAAAAGGACCUUUCAUAAACCACGAAUUAGAUUCUUUAAGAAAAAACUACACAUUAUCAACCGAUUAUCAAACAAGACACAGCUGUCGAUUUUUUUAGAGGUUUUCCCUGUAGAGCGGCAAACCAGGUUGAACAUUGAAAAGGUACAUUUCUUGAGCUGGCAUUUCGUGCCAUAUCCAGAGAGAAAAGCUCACUGAAGACUUGUCUCUCGAAUUAUUGAUAAUCGUAUUGCUUUAUAACAUGAAAAAAUUAGUUUCUCACUGUUGUCAAUGCAUUGAGAGACAAAAUCAUAUGACAGAUAAGAUCCUUAAUUAUCAUUGAACAUCCAGAUUUCUUUAGUUGUCAUAAUUAAAGGAAUAAAAUUAUCAGGAUAGUUUUUUCAUGUGAAAUAUUUCAUUAUUAAAUAUUUAACAGUGUUUAUCUAUAAUAUUUAUUUAUCAUCCUUUCUUAAUAUUCUCAGCUUUUAUAAUCUCUUGAAUGUAACUAUUAUUACAAAUAAAAUAGUUAAAACUAAAA